GCUCAACUUACGGGAAGCCCGAUCGAAACUAAACCGUCAUUCAAUGUCAUGAUCGGUCCUUCUCCCUACCUCCAGAUCUACAUGGGAUCUCGAUACACUCCGUGUAUGAAGAAUACACCGGGCAUCCAGAAUGCCAACGAAACGAUUCUCUUUCCCUGCCCCAACGCGACGACGACCGAGUCUCACUGUACCUUGUCUGAACUGUGUGGUUUCAACGGUGUGCCAAACCCGACGCCCAAUGGAUCGCUGGACGAUCAGCCUGAGCCAAAUCAAUGGUUCCGAUUCAUCAUUCCGAUGUUUAUUCACAGCGGAUUUAUCCACAUCGGCUUCAAUUUGCUUGCGCAGAUGACCAUCGGUGUGGCCAUGGAGAAAAUGAUUGGGUGGUGGCGAUAUGCUCUGGUGUAUCUGGCUAGUGGGAUCUGGGGAUUCGUGCUCGGAGGCAAUUAUGCCGCUCAGGGUCAGGCAUCAUGCGGCUGCUCGGGUGCACUUUUUGGCAUCCUCGCACUCGAUUUACUGGAUCUGCUGUACAGCUGGCAAGACCGACAGUCGCCGUGGGUCGAGUUGAUCAUUAUGGUUCUAGGAAUUGGCGUGUCGUUUGUUCUGGGACUUCUGCCAGGACUGGACAACUUCUCACAUAUUGGCGGCUUCACCAUGGGUCUGGCUCUGGGACUGUGUCUCUUGAGAUCGCCUAACGCGUUGCGAGAACGUAUUGGGCUCGCACGGAACCCAUAUGUGGCCAUGAGCGGUGGCGUGGGCACGACCACUCCAGAGGAAGGUCAGAAGGUGGUUCCCGCCCCCAGCAUCGUCGACUUCCUCAAGGGCAAGCGCAGCCUGAAGUCCUCCGACGGAAAAUCGAACCCCAUGAACUUUUUCCGCGGCCGAAAGCCUCUGUGGUGGGCAUGGUGGUUGGUGCGUGUGGGAGCCUUGGUUGCCGUGCUGGUCGGGUUCAUCCUGCUCAUCAUUGAUUUCUACAAAUACCCGAAGUCAAACUGCUCCUGGUGCUACCGACUCAGUUGUCUGCCGAUCAAGGACUGGUGCGAGCAAGGUAACAUCACGACGGAAGAGAAUUCGACUUGAGCAUGCUCGAUACAUAGCAUUUUGGAAUUUUGGGCAUAUGAUUUUGACAUCUGAAUAUCCCUCUAUGCGAUCUGGUUGACAUUUUCCCAUUCCAGUACAUUAUUCAGCGGCGUUAGUGGAGAAGACGCAGGCCUGGCUUUGUGUGACAGUGCCGCAGUGAUUCAUGUUCAUAUAGUAUCUCUGGUAGACUAGCGAAUGCAUUACGAACAUAAUUGAC